UCGGGAUCAACCGCAGCGGGUCACUAGUAUGAAGUCAAACAGGUUCUGAAGAUGUUCAAUUUUUGAGCUAUCGGAGAAAAAUGGCAGCUGGAGAGGAAGUAAAACAACUGGAAGAUUGCACAGUCGCCAAUGCUCUGGGUACAUGGGUUUUCUCUGUAGCUGGUGCACUGCUUGCAAUUCCAGUGGGCAUAAAACGGAAAUCUUUGGGACCCCUUGUCUUCUUUGGAACAACUGGUACGAUGCUAGAUAUAAUUAUGGGAAUCAAUGCCUGUGAAAGAGAACACGCAGAACACCAAAUGAAACUUUUGGAAGAAGCACAAAGAUCUGCAGCUGUUGAUCCCUUGGCUGAUGAUGCAACAGAACAUUGGUGGCAUUUAGGUCGUUUGGACUUUGGCUUCAACGAAUAGCUGAGACUUCGUGUAGCAUUUUCAGUACUGUUGUCCAUCAGUUUACGGUUUACCUGGCUUGUAACUUCGAUAUUCUCAUUUGCCCAAAAGAGGUCAAAUAAUGUAUUGUGAUGUGGCUUCAAAACUACUUUCUCUUAGAAAGCUUUCUAUUAGUACCAUGUAGAAGUCCAGAGAACACUUCAUCACGGCC